AUUCGUGUCGCAAUUAUUACAACAAAUAUGUCAUAAAUAAAGAAGUAAUUUUCAGAAUCCAUUUAUUGGAUCAUAUUACGUCUCGAAACUAGAUUUAUCCUUGAGCAGAAAUGCAACUAUGAAUACAAGCUUUAAAUAAAUAAUCGUUGCCACAUAUGUUAUUGGUUUCCGGAAAAUAACAAAACAAAAGCUGUUCGCUGCAUAUGACGGGUAGAAAAAUUUAUUUGACAACAUAUUAAUUAAAGCUUUGAAUCGUUCAACGUACGUUCAACGUUAUUGAAUCGUAACAAAAUAUAUAGUAACAAGAAUACUUUUUAAAUACGAUGAAUAAACGCAAUCAAGAUAAAGAAAGUGAUAUGGUAUGGCAUAUAAACAUGAACUACAAAAUUGCAAAAUCUAUUAAAACGUCAAUUUAAAAAAAUAUAAAUUAACUUAAAUGUCAAUCAAUGUUUAUUAUUAUGUACCAACAUUUUACUUCAUUUUUCGAUAUAAAGAAUGAAGAAGAUAAGAGAUUACAGGAAGAAUUGCUACAAGCAGUCGACGUAUUAAAAGUAAAUAAAGCUAUGUUACUGUCGUUAAAUCACCUGAGAAUGCUGAUACGUACGUCCACAACUUCGAUGACUUCCGUUCCAAAACCUCUCAAAUACUUGAGAAACUUUUAUCCGACUUUGCGGGGCAUAUAUGGAGGACUCAAGAGGGAAGAGGCAAAAAUACGCUUUGCAGAAAUGUUAAGUGUACUCGCUCUCGCUGGAGCUACUCCGGGAUCCAGAGACUGUCUGGAUUUUUGUAUUAAAGGAGCUGUGGAUAAUCCUGGAGAAUGGGGCCACGAAUACGUGAGACAACUCGAGACAGAGAUCGUUGAUGAAUGGACGAAUGCGCCGAUUAAGGAAGAGCUUGAAAUUAAAAAGCGCCUUACGCCGUUAAUCAAAAGCAUCCUUGCAUUUGAUAUGAGACACAAUGCGGAAAUACAAGCGUGCGAUUUGUGCUUGGAGAUUGAUGAGCUGAAUUUUCUCGAAGAAUAUUUGGAGCCUACAAACUUUGCACGAGUGUGUCACUAUUUAAUUAGCUGCGCAGCCUACAGCGAGGAUAUGGAAAGAAGACAGAUAUUAGAAUUUGCAACGGAGCAAUAUCUGAAGUUUAACGAGUAUACAAGAGCAAUUUUGGUAGCGCUGCAACUUGCAAAUUCGGAACUUGUUUUCAAGUGCUUCACCGCUUGCCCCGACUCUUUGACGAGAAGUCAACUGGCCUUUAUCCUCGCCCGUCUGCAAGAUCAACCUCUGAGAACGGAGUAUCAUGGAGACGACGCCAAAGAUAUCGAAGCGAUUCUCAGCAAUGGCCACGUGAAUACCCACUUUCAAAUUCUUGCUAGAGAACUUGACAUACUUGAGCCAAAACUCCCGGAAGAUAUUUACAAAAGCUGGCUCCUAGGUGGAUUUAAACAAAUAGAGCACGAUUCGGCUAGGGCGAAUUUAGCGGCGAGCUUCGUUUCCGGUUUCAUGCAUGCGGGUUUCGGCCAAGACAAGCUAAUGGCAAACACGUCGGACUGUUGGGUGUAUAAAAAUAAGGAACACGGAAUGUUGUCAGCAACCGCUUCUCUAGGCCUGAUACACAUGUGGGACGUCGACGGCGGAUUAAUUCCUAUUGACAAGUAUCUUUACACGAACGAAGACUACGUGAAAUCUGGCGCCUUGCUAGCGAUCGGACUGGUGAAUUGCGGAAUUCGUAAUGAAUGUGACCCGGCUUUGGCGCUUCUCAGUGAAUACGUUAAGUCGAGCAGCCAGAUCCUUCGCAUAGGAGCCAUCAUGGGAUUAGCUCUGGCUUAUGCCGGUUCCAGAAGAAAAGACGUCACUGAACUUCUUUCAGGAGCUUUAGCCGAUGAACAAAAUAAUAUUCAAGUGUUGUCGCUGAUUGCCAUCUCCUUGGGCCUUGUGAAUGUUGGUUCAGGGGACUCCGAUGUAUCUUCAGCUAUCCUGUUGAAAUUAUUGGGAUUAUCUAUGAAGGAACUCGUUAUCACGCAUUCUAGAUUUCUAUCAUUAGCCUUGGGAAUGAUUUAUAUGGGAACCCGGGAUGCCAUAGAAACGCCAUCCGCGGCACUCGAAGCUUUGCCAGAACCGUACAACUUUGCUUCACAAACUAUGUUACAAAUUUGUGCGUACGCAGGAACCGGCGACGUAUUAAUAGUACAAGAAUUAUUAAGGAUUUGCUCGGAAGUAAUCGAAGAAAUAACAAGCAUAAAAACGACACCUCAGAGUACUCCGAUACCAAGUUGCUGUGACCAAACAAGAUUACAAAAGUUAGAAAAGAAUAAAAAAAACGACAGCCAAUCUGAGGAAUCUGUGAAGGAUAUUGGAACUGCGCAAGCUAUAGCAUCCCUUGGAGUAGGUGUAGUUGGACUCGGGGAGGGAAAAGAAAACUCAAGAAUCUUUGGUCAGGUCGGAAGAUACGGUCCAACACCAGCGCGACGCGCUAUGCCCCUCGCAUUGGCAUUAUCCUCUCUGUCAAAUGCCGACCCAGCAAUCUUGGACGUAUUGAAUAAGUACAGCCACGACCAAGAUGCCGAUGUCGCUCUGAAUGCGAUCUUCGCUCUCGGGUUAGUAGGUGCUGGAACCAAUAAUGCACGAUUAGCGACGAUGUUGAGACAACUGGCAGCUUAUCACGCGAAAAAUCCAUCUCAUCUGUUCCUCGUGCGCAUUUCUCAGGGUUUGGUGCACCUGGGCAAGGGUACUUUGUCUUUAUCGCCUUUACGAUACGCUUCGAAAGUUUUAGACUACACUGCUCUGGCUGGUUUGAUGGUUGUCCUCGUUGCGUGUUUAGAUUGCAGAAAUCUUAUAUUAUCUCAGUCUCAUUAUUUAAUAUACUGCUUGGCGAUUGCAAUGGAGCCAAGAUGGUUAGUUACCGUAGAUGAAAAUCUUAAGAACCUACCAGUGUCGGUGAGAGUCGGUCAAAGCGUGGACAUUGUAGGGAAAGCAGGUAAUCCGAAAUCCAUUGUCGGUGGUCAUGUACAAACUACACCAGUCUUACUGUGCGCGAACGAAAAGGCGGAAUUAGUAUCGGACCAAUAUGAGCCGCUUUCCAGUAUACUGGAAGGUUUCGUGAUCCUUCGUGAGAAACAUGCUGCAACGAGUUAAAAACAUUCCAGUUUGAUAUUUUGCAAUGGUUUCUUUAAACAUCAGUCUUUCAGCCAUUUUGACGAAUUACUUUUCUCGGAAAACGACACCAAUAAACAUCCAUGAGUAAACAAGAAAUGAAAGGACUUUUUCCAGAUUUACAAAAAAAUUGUGGGAUAUAAGUUAUUUGCUAAUUAAUGCUACAAAGGUAAUAACGUCGUAAGUUUUUUCGUAUGUUUUGCAUUUAUUUAACUUUAGGGACUAGCGGAAGCAAUGUGCUCUAUACAACAGAAACAUACAUUGGUUCGCAUUGCACAGUGGGAACAAUAACGUUGCGCCAUGAUCAAGAGCGUCGUAUACAAAAGCAAUAGAAUCCGACGUAAAAUUUAGUUAUGAUAAGGACAAAACAAAAAGGAAUUAUACACAAAUGAGUUUUACGCGAGUAAAAUAUAUCUGUAAGAAAAAAAGAAAAAAA